CUUUGACUCAUCAAAUUCUCUCAAUGUGUAAGUCUAAAUAUAGUCAUGUGUGAUCUUGUUUGAUUUGUCUUAACAUAUAGAUUAUUAAUAUAUAAUUUCUAUAAUUUUUUAAUAUACAAAUUACAAGAUAAAAUGGAUUAAAAAAGUGAAUUAGAUGGUACGGAGCAAACGAAGGAUGCGAUGUGGGAUCGUAUCGAGGAGAAGUUCUUCACGGCGAUGAAGAAGGACGGCUCCUACCCCCAAAUGGAGCCACAUCAACAAAAAAGUCCGAAAGUUUAUGGGAGUUUACGAGGGAUGCUCCCGGUCAAACGCUGAUGUUCUCCGGCUUGCCACGACCCGGUAUCAAGACGCCGGGAACCAAGGCAAGGUGCCCAUCGAUCUUUGGAGGAUUUUGAGUCGUUCCCCGAAGUGGCAAGAACUCAACAAUCCCGACGGCGGAUCGUUCCGGAAAAGAUCCACCGUCGACGCCGAUGUUGAGGUCGACGAGACUAUUAGUUCUAGCGAUCAAAUCCCUCCCUUCAACGUUGCGGAUUCCGAUGACGAGGACCCCUUUCCACGGCCGAUCGGAAGAAAGAAGGCAAAAUCCAUUGCCUCGGGUUCGGGAGAGUCCGCCUCUGUUUCCGCUUCUCCCCGCGACGAAAUCGGCCGGGCAAUGAUUGAACAACUUCGGACGUUCAAUCUCCAAGAACAAGAGAGGUUGAAGCUAAAGAAGAAGGAGUUGAAGCUAAAGGAGCAGGAGGCUGAGAUGAAAGUCAUGCAAACCGACCCCGGGACGUUGUCGGAGUUUGGACAAAUGAUCUAUGAGCAAAGAAUGAGAGAGAUCAAGGAGAAAUAUAAUUUACCUUAGUUUUUUUAAUUAAUGUAUCCUUUUUUAAAUUAUUGACGUUUUUAUUUAUUUAAUAAAUGUAUUUUUUUUAUUCGUGUUUCAACUUAAUUAAAUAAUAAAUUAAUUACAUUUUAUUAAUUUAAUUUUAGAAGAUGUAUAUUUAAAAAUGUAAAAAAUGAAGGUUUGAAGCCCAG